CGCGUCCAGCCUAGGCGCUGAAUGCGCGCCGCGCCCCGCCGCCCGCCGGACUGCACUUUGGGUCCGAGAGCGAGAUGGGGGAGAAAGUUUCUGAGGUGCGGGAGCCGGUGCCCCGCGGCUGCAGCGGCCUCAGCGCUCGGACUCCCGCCUCUGCGGAGGCGCCCGAGUCCUCACCGGGCUCCUCCUCGGGCUCCGAAACUCUGUCGGAGGAAGGGGAGCCCCACGGCUUCUCCGGCCAGCAGCCUCCGCCUCCGCCUCCGCCACCGCCGGGAGGCGUCCUGGCCGCCCGGCCGCCCGUCGCGUGGGCUCCGGCGCGGGUGCUGCUGGAGCUCGGAGUUCCUGCGCCGCCGCCGCUCCGGGGAGGAGCCGCGCCGCCUGCACCUCUGGACAGCAGCGCGUCCCAGGAGGAGCAGGACGAGGAGCUUGACCACAUAUUGUCCCCUCCACCCAUGCCAUUCCGGAAAUGUAGCAACCCAGAUGUGGGGCCUGGUUCUGGCAAGUCACUGAAGUUUAAAAGACAGCUGAGUGAGGAUGGACGGCAGCUGCGGCGGGGGAGCCUGGGAGGAGCCCUGACUGGGAGGUACCUCCUUCCAAACCCAGUGGCAGGGCACCCGUGGUCAGCCUCUGCAGAGACCUCCAACCUUGUGCGCAUGCGCAGUCAAGCCCUGGGGCAAUCUGCACCCUCACUCACUGCCAGCCUGGAAGGGCAGCCUCAGAAGAGCCAUUUCAACUCAGCCCGACAUCGCCAGAGACUAGUGGACCCAGCUGCUUCAAAAAAGGAGCUGAGUCUUCCCAGAAGAGGAAGUCUGAUAGAUUCCCAGAAGUGGCAUUGCUUGGUCAAACGUUGUCGAACAAGCAACCGGAAGAGCUUGAUAGGCAAUGGGCAGUCAGCAGCAUUGCCUCGACCACACUCACCUCUCUCUGCUCAUGCAGGAAAUAGCCCUCAAGAUAGUCCACGGAAUUUCUCUCCCAGUGCCUCAGCCCAUUUUUCAUUUGCUAGGAGGACUGAUGGACGCCGUUGGUCGUUGGCAUCACUCCCCUCCUCUGGCUAUGGAACAAACACACCCAGCUCUACUGUCUCUUCAUCCUGUUCCUCACAGGAGAAGUUGCAUCAGUUACCAUAUCAACCAACGCCAGAUGAAUUACAUUUCUUAUCAAAACAUUUUUGUACCACUGAAAGCAUCGCCACUGAGAACAGAUGCAGGAACACUCCUAUGCGCCCCCGUUCCCGAAGUCUGAGCCCUGGACGUUCUCCUGCCUGCUGUGACCAUGAAAUAAUUAUGAUGAACCAUGUCUACAAAGAAAGGUUCCCAAAGGCUACAGCUCAGAUGGAAGAACGUCUAAGAGAAAUUAUCACCAGCUACUCUCCCGACCAUGUUCUUCCCCUCGCAGAUGGAGUACUUAGUUUUACUCACCACCAGAUUAUUGAGUUGGCACGUGACUGCUUGGAUAAAUCCCAUCAGGGUCUUAUCACCUCCAGAUACUUCCUUGAAUUACAGCACAAGCUAGAUAAAUUACUACAGGAGGCUCAUGAUCGGUCCGAAAGUGGAGAGUUGGCAUUUAUUAAGCAACUAGUUCGAAAAAUCUUAAUUGUUAUUGCCCGUCCUGCUCGGUUAUUAGAGUGCCUGGAAUUUGAUCCUGAAGAAUUUUACUACCUAUUGGAAGCAGCAGAAGGCCAUGCAAAAGAAGGUCAGGGUAUUAAAACUGACAUUCCCAGGUACAUCAUUAGCCAGCUUGGGCUCAAUAAGGAUCCUUUGGAAGAAAUGGCUCAGUUGGGAAAUUACGAUAGCGGGACAGCAGAAACACCAGAAACAGAUGAAUCAGUGAGUAGCUCUAAUGCUUCCCUGAAACUACGAAGGAAACCUCGGGAAAGUGAUUUUGAAACAAUUAAAUUGAUUAGCAAUGGAGCCUAUGGGGCAGUCUACUUUGUGCGGCAUAAAGAAUCCCGGCAGAGAUUUGCUAUGAAGAAGAUUAAUAAACAAAACCUCAUCCUCCGAAACCAGAUCCAGCAGGCCUUUGUGGAACGGGAUAUCCUGACCUUUGCAGAGAAUCCCUUUGUGGUCAGCAUGUACUGCUCCUUUGAAACCAGGCGCCACUUGUGCAUGGUCAUGGAAUAUGUGGAAGGGGGUGACUGUGCUACUUUAAUGAAGAAUAUGGGCCCUCUCCCUGUUGAUAUGGCCAGGAUGUACUUUGCUGAGACAGUUCUAGCCUUGGAAUACCUACAUAAUUAUGGGAUUGUACAUAGAGAUUUGAAACCAGACAAUUUGUUGGUCACCUCCAUGGGGCAUAUAAAGUUGACAGAUUUUGGAUUAUCCAAGGUGGGACUAAUGAGCAUGACUACCAAUCUGUAUGAGGGUCAUAUUGAGAAGGAUGCUCGUGAGUUCCUGGACAAACAGGUCUGUGGCACACCUGAAUACAUUGCACCAGAAGUAAUUCUGAGGCAGGGCUAUGGGAAGCCAGUGGACUGGUGGGCCAUGGGGAUUAUCCUCUAUGAAUUUCUGGUUGGAUGCGUGCCAUUCUUUGGGGACACUCCAGAAGAACUAUUUGGACAAGUCAUCAGUGAUGAGAUCAAUUGGCCUGAAAAGGAUGAAGCACCACCCCCUGAUGCCCAAGACCUGAUUACCUUGCUUCUUAGGCAGAAUCCUCUAGAGAGACUGGGAACAGGUGGUGCAUAUGAAGUCAAACAACAUCGAUUCUUCCGCUCUUUAGACUGGAACAGUUUGCUGAGGCAGAAGGCAGAAUUUAUUCCCCAACUGGAAUCCGAGGAUGACACAAGUUAUUUUGAUACCCGGUCAGAGAAGUAUCAUCAUAUGGAGACCGAAGAAGAAGAUGACACAAAUGAUGAAGAUUUUAAUGUGGAAAUUAGACAGUUUUCCUCAUGCUCCCAUAGGUUUUCAAAAGUUUUCAGCAGUAUUGAUCGAAUAACUCAAAAUACAGGAGAAGAGAAGGAAGACCCUGGGGACAAAACCAAAAGCACAGCAAUGCCAUCCAUUGAAACUCUGAGCUGGAGUUCGGAAUAUUCUGAAAUGCAACAGUUAUCCACAUCCAACUCUUCAGACACUGAAAACAAUAGACAUAAACUCAGUUCUGGCCUGCUUCCGAAACUGGCCAUUUCAGCAGAGAUAGAACAAGAUGAAGCUUCUCCUGGCCCUGGAGACCCCCAUGAGGAGCCAGAGAAACCAGCCCUCCCUCCCUCUGCAGAGUGUGCUCAGGAGGAGCCUGAGGUCACCACCCCUGCCAGCACCAUCAGCAGCUCCACCCUGUCUGUUGGCAGUUUCUCAGAGCACUUGGAUCAGAUAAACGGACGGAGCGAGUGUGUGGACAGUACAGAUAAUUCCUCAAAGCCAUCCAGUGAAUCCACUUCUCACGUGGCUCGGCAGCGAUUAGAAAGCACAGAGAAAAAGAAAAUCUCGGGGAAGGUCACAAAGUCCCUUUCUGCCAGUGCUCUGUCCCUCAUGAUCCCAGGAGAUAUGUUUGCAGUUUCUCCACUGGGAAGUCCAAUGUCUCCCCACUCAUUAUCUUCGGACCCUUCUUCUUCACGAGAUUCCUCUCCCAGCCGAGAUUCUUCAGCUGCUUCCGCAAGUCCACACCAGCCCAUAGUGAUCCACAGUUCAGGAAAGAACUAUGGUUUCACCAUCCGAGCCAUCCGGGUGUAUGUAGGAGACAGUGACAUCUAUACUGUGCACCAUAUAGUUUGGAAUGUAGAAGAGGGAAGCCCAGCAUGCCAGGCAGGACUGAAAGCUGGGGAUCUGAUCACACACAUCAAUGGAGAACCAGUGCAUGGACUUGUCCACACAGAGGUUAUAGAGCUCUUGCUAAAGAGUGGAAAUAAGGUGUCAAUCACUACUACCCCGUUUGAAAACACAUCAAUCAAAACAGGACCAGCCAGGAGAAACAGUUAUAAGAGCCGGAUGGUGAGGCGGAGCAAGAAAUCAAAGAAGAAAGAAAGUCUAGAAAGGAGGAGAUCCCUUUUCAAAAAGCUAGCCAAGCAGCCUUCUCCUUUGCUCCACACCAGCCGAAGUUUCUCCUGCUUGAACCGAUCCCUGUCAUCUGGGGAGAGCCUCCCGGGAUCCCCCACUCACAGCUUGUCUCCUCGCUCUCCAACACCCAGCUACCGCUCCACCCCUGACUUCCCGUCUGGCACUAACUCCUCCCAGAGCAGCUCCCCAAGUUCUAGUGCCCCCAAUUCCCCAGCAGGAUCUGGACACAUUCGACCCAGCACUCUCCACGGCCUGGCCCCCAAACUUGGUGGGCAGAGGUACCGCUCAGGAAGACGGAAGUCAGCCGGCAACAUCCCACUCUCUCCACUGGCCCGGACGCCCUCUCCCACCCCACAGCCCACCUCCCCUCAGCGCUCUCCAUCCCCUCUGCUGGGACAUUCACUUGGCAAUGCCAAAAUCGUUCAGGCUUUUCCCAGCAAAAUGCAUUCCCCUCCCACCAUUGUUAGACACAUUGUGAGACCCAAAAGCGCAGAACCCCCAAGAUCUCCACUGCUCAAGCGUGUGCAGUCAGAGGAGAAGCUAUCCCCCUCCUAUGGCAGUGAUAAGAAGCACCUGUGUGCCCGAAAGCAUAGUCUAGAGGUGACACAGGAGGAGGUGCAGCGAGAACAGUCCCAACGGGAUGUGACACUGCAGAGCCUAGAGGAGAAUGUGUGUGACACACCCUCCCUGAGCCGGGCCAGGCCUGUGGAGCAGGGCUGCCUGAAGCGCCCUGUCUCCCGAAAACUGGGAAGGCAGGAAUCAGUGGAUGACCUGGACCGAGAGAAGCUGAAGGCCAAAGUGGUGAUGAAGAAACCAGAUGAGGUCUCUGAGAAACAGGAACCCCACCAGAAAUCCCAUGCACUUGGAAGUGAUUUGGAAAACCUUCCCACCUUUAGGUUGGAAGAGAGAGAGAAGAAAAUGUACGCCAAGGCUUUAGAAAGAUCAAGUCAUUUUGAAAACAAAGCAGCCACUUCAGAAUCCCAGUCCCUGGGCAGUUUAUUGAAGGAUGCUCUUCACAAGCAGGCCAGCACAAGGGCCCAUGAGGGUAUGACAUCAGAUAGACCCAGUGAGCACAGCCAAGGCACCUGUGAUUUCAAGCGAACCCCCACUCCUGGCAUCAUCCAAGAAGCUGUCUGCCACCUUCCUGACCGGUCCUCCUCUGGGAAAGGUGACAGUACAGAGAAGAACUCCCAGUCCAAGGAAUGUUUCCACUGUGAGAAGUUAGACAGCAAACUGGCCAACAUUGAUUACCUCAGAAAGAAAAUGUCUCUCGAAGACAAAGAUGAAAGCCACAGCCUUGUGCUGAAGCCCAAGGUACCAUCUAGUGCCCAUGAAGGCUUGCCUGGGAGCUCAGUACGGCUUGGGGGAGGCCAGCCAGAGACCCCAGCUACCUCUGACAACAGAGUUUUCAUCAACAGUGCUCUUGCAACCCAGAUGGGUGCCAUCUCUUUUGCCCCUUUGAAGACGGCCUUGACAGCCCGUGUAGACAGUGGAGUUGAGAAGCCAGGCUUGGUUGCUCCUGAGUCACCUGCCCGGAAAAGCCCCUCUGAGUACAAGCUGGAAGGUAGGUCUGUGUCAUGUCUGAAACCAAUCGAGGGCACUUUGGACAUUGCUUUACUGUCUGGACCGCAGGCCUCCAAAUUAGAGCCACUUUCACCAGAGCCCCUCCAGAGUCCCAGCCCAGGCAGUGACAUGGGACCCUCAGUGUCAUCAGCCCUCCCUGGCUGUGGGGUGAAGAAGGGUGAAACUGCAGGUCAGAGAGAAACUUCCCCUGCCAGCUUUAAGGUAACUAAAUCCUAUUUGCUUGAGCCCCGGUUCCAGCCACCCAGCCGGGGUCUCCAGAAUUCACCAGCUGCUCCCCUGCCUGACCUAGAGCUAAAGAGGGACAGGAAAGUUUCUCAUGCUGCCAAGAGCCCAAUGACAGUCACAGAGAGUGAUUCCCAACAGAGGGAGGGUGGCCUCAGCAAACACCAUGAACACAGCCCUGACACUAAGGUCCCAACCUUCCUGGGGCACAGCCUGCAGGGCACUGACCUGGCCAGAUCUCAUGACCGACUCCCACCUGAAGGUGCUCGCUCCAGGGAGAAGCCAGGCCUGAGGGAGUCUUCUGAGAGGGCUUCUUCCACAGCCAAAAGUGAACGCUCUGCUCUGAGGGUUGAGGGCUGCAGAGACACCUCCGUAGAACUGUAUCCUCCAGAAACUGCUAAAACCAGUGACAACUCCAAAAACCUUCCCUCAAUAGGAAGGACCCGCCCAGACUCUUGCAUGCAGACUCAGGCUACAGAGAAAGUGUGGAGGUCUUGUGGGAAAACAAACCUCAGAGAUGGCCAAAAUGAGGUGAGGCUGCUGGCCAGAGAAGACUCCUCCUUGUAUGUAGUGAGUGCUCCUGGAGAGCAAGGGCUGGGCAAGGGGAGAAGUAACCUGGAGGUAAAGCAGGAAGCCCCUCCAGCCAGACGGUCUCUGAUGACAGCCAUGACUGAGGUUGGGAAGAAUGAGAAACUCCCUGGUUUCCCAUCUUUGCAGAAAGAUGGCCCUAAGGAGCCAGAAAAGAAGGAGCAGCCUCUCCAAAGGAACCUCAGCAGCAGCUAUCAGCCCCCACCUGUCACCAAAGAAGCAGCAAACCUGACCUCUCCACAGUCUUGCACCUCCCUGAGCCACUCUGCUGAUCGAGAGCCAGGAAGCAAGCCCUGCACUGCUGAGCCUCGCCCAGGCCUCCAGGACCCAGCUAGACCUGCUGCUGUGCAUGGCGAAAGCAGCAAUCACAAACCCAAGUCUGGCCAUGAUGCUGUCCCUCCAAAGUCAAAGCACCCAGACAGGCCCCUUUUUUCCCAGAAGGUGAAUGUUGGAAUCACCAUGGGCAAAGAGCCUGGCAUUCAGCCCCUUGGUGGCACCAGCCGAGAGGCAAAGGGUAGCAGUAAGGGUUUGCAGGAUGCCUUUCCUGCCACCCCAGACCCCCAGAAAGUGGCCAGUGAUACAGCCAGCCAGGGAGGAAAUGAACCCUUGGCAUCCCUGCACAUUGAAAGGAGUCCUGUAGACACCAAGCCAAAAGCCCCCAGUGGCGGGCGUGCCCUGGAGGUGCUAGAGAAGCCUGCAUAUCUGCCAAGGCAGGGGAACCCAGGGCCCAGUGAGUUGGUAGACCAGAAGGUUCCCACUGGCAGUGAAAAGCAGAGCAUGUCUCCAAAGCACUCUAAACCAUCCACUGUGAAAGAUUGCUCCACUCUGUGCAAGCAGACAGACAAGAGCCCAACUCAACAGGCAACCACCACAGACCGGAAGUGUGAAGGGAAGAAAUGCUCAGAAGCACUUUACCUUCCAGCUGACCGAGGAACACUGGAGGCCAGCUCUUCCCAGGCCCACAGAGAGGCCUGGAUGCAGGGUGCAGAGAAGUCAGCAAUGGCAGCUGGAAAGAGCUUUCCAGAAGCCAAAGGGAAGGGCCCGAGUCCCCAGAAGCCUCUGACAGAGGCAGGCAAGCCCAGUGGCAUGAAAAGAUCCCCCUCAGCCACUGGGCAGAAUUCUUUGCGAUCCACUGCCCUCCCGGAGAAGUCCCUGAGCUGUUCCUCCAGCUUUCCUGAAGCUAGACCAGGAGUUCGAGAAGCCUCUGCAGCUAGCAACGACUCCUCUUUUGCAAAGGCCAAUGGAACUGAGCCCUCCGCCCCCAGCCACAGGGACCAUAGGAAGUCCCUACCUGGGGGGGAUGGCAAGACCCAAAUGACUAAGAGUGACUCUUUACCAACCUUCCGGAGCUCCACUGUGGAGCCACACCAUCCUAACCCAAAUGCAGCAGGGGCAGCUGGCUACCGGGAUAGGGCCUUCUCAGUCACUGCCACCAUAGGAGAAACCAAAGGGAAAGAGCCUGGCCCAGCCCAGCCUCCUCAGACUAAGAAACAGAGUGUGGUCAGAGAAGUCACCAAGCUGUCCCCAGCUCCAAGCACUGACCGCCCCAUUGCCUUUUCUUCUGAGAAGGAUUUUGUAGUUCGGCAGAGGCGGGGGAAAGAGAGUUUGCGUAGCAGUCCUCACAAAAAGACCUCUUAAUGGGAUAGGUCCCAGAGAGGGACUGGGGAGACCCAACCUGAAUGUGUAACUGUCUUGACUACCUUUCAAAACCAGCACUGUGUGGGAAUGUCUACCAGGCAGAGCCUGGAGCCUCAUUGGGGAAGAAAAGAGAAAGAAAAUGCAGAAAGAGAGGACCUUCUUCCAAAUGCCUUCCCAAUUGUAACCGGUAAAACUGUUACCAGAUAGUGUUUGUACAAAAAAAAAAAAAAAAGGAAAGAAAGAAAAAGGAAAAAAGAAAGAAUUACCUUUACAGUUGAGGGUUGUUGAGGAGAAAGAUAUUUCUCUGUAAAUAACUAGCGAUGUGUUUGGUUUUGGAUGUAGAGUCUUUUAACUUGCUGCUGAUUGCCUUGUUUAUUUUUUGUUUUUUGUUUCUCCUUAACGGAGAUCUCUUGCUUUAUCACUUAUCACAAGAUAGUAAUGAAGUAAAAUGGCUCAAGCUAGGUGUGUGUAAAGGUAUAGGUGCACCCACCUUCAUGUAUAUAACAUAUCCACCCACAUGUUUUGGUCUGUGGUUUGAAGCUAUUUCAAGGCUACAAUUUUAUGAGUUCAGGUAUUCUAUGUAGAGCUAAAGAAGAAAGAAAGCUGUCACUAUAGAAGAUUGUGAGGUUUUUUGUUUUUUUUAAUGUAGUUUUUUUUUUUUUUAGUACUGUAAUAGUACUGUAUCUCUCUACCUUUCUCUCCAGAGCUGAAGCAACAACUUCUCUAAUCACUGUAUUUGGAAUCCUUUUCCAUUCGGAAUGGCCAGAACAGACAGAGCUAGCCAUUACCCUUUUAUAGUCAUCGUAAUGGACGUCUUGGUCCUGGGUCCAGCUAUCUCUAAGGCCAAUUGUCCUUGUCUAUAGGUGUGUGUGUGUGUGUGUGUGUGUGUGUGUGUGUGUGUGUGUGUGUGUGUGUGUGUGAGUUGGUCUUCACCCUCGGUAGAGCCGGAGUUCUCAACACAAGUGAACUUUAUUUCUGGUUUCUUGGUUUUUCCUUCUUUUCAUGCUCUUAAAACUCAGGCCUUUAUGCUGUGAGACGCAAGUCUAAGAAGAAGCACAUGUUUUCCUAGUAGCUCUGUACCAGCCCAGCUUCUGAAUAAGAAAUAAAUAAAGAAAAAAGGAAAGUUACUGGUCACACACAAAUUUGUUAGUACUUAAGUUGAGCAGUGAACAUCAGGCAUUUGAAGAGGUUUUGAAUUUUUUUUUUUUUUUAAGAAAUAGAAAGGAGUUGGGUUUUGGCAUCAUGGCAUAUAUAUUGAGAAAUAAUCAGGAUAUCAGAUACAUUUUAAUACAUAGCUGGGGCCUUAUGUUGUAGAUGACGCUUGCUGUUUUUUAGCAAGUUCCUAGGGUUCACAUUCAUUUUUAAUGCAUUGAGUAGCUCCGUACAUUUCAAAGCACAGUCUCUUUAUUUGUAUGCAAAAGCUGUAUUAAUAAAGAGCAGCAUUUUCUAACAAAAACACUUGUUGGAGCUAUUUGGUGCUUGAAUGUGACUGUCCUUUUUACUUUUGCUACGCCUUAUUUAAAUUUUGUAUACCAUGGGAUAUAUGGAAUUUGUCUGAUUAUUUUACUGCUGGGGGGGGGGCGUGUUUUUUGUUGCAGUUUUCCCGGUGACUUGUUUUGGACUAUAAGAUGGCACUUGCUGACAUAAGUACUAAAGCACUAAGAGAAAAUACACACAGAUAAGUAUUUCUCAGAUGUUUGGAACCCAUAGCAGAAUUUUUUGGUUUUACUUUGUCAGAGUAAAAAAUAUACCAACAAAUACUAGUUCAGCAGCACUCAGUCUUCUUCAGGAAUGACUCAGUAUCUUGGCUAUAAAAUUAUUCACCCAAGCACAGUAUUACCUUCCAGCCCUGUGGAUUAUAAAUCAUUCACCAGGGCUAUAAACUCCAAAAACAAAGGCAUAACUUAGCAAACUGCUUGGGAUCUUCCUUUAUUGCAAAAUGACUUGACAAUACAAAAAAAAAAAAAAAAAAAAAGUCUCCUCCUCAAUGUGCACCAGUUUUUUUCCACAUAAUUUCAACCAUCACCCUCACCUCUUCACUAUCUUGUGAAAUUCUAGAUGAAACACAUCUUUUCAAGAACUUGAAUGGGUUUCAGAAGCGGUCUCAACAUUUAUAACUCAUAUCUGUGUUUGGCACUUAUCAAAACCUAGUCCAUCUGCACUCAGACAUCAAGACAGGUCUAUCAGGGAGGUGGUUCGUGGUUUACAGCCCUUUGCUUUUUACCUGUCCAGUUUCCUUUAAAGCACAACUAGCUGCUUGUUUACAGAUAAUAUUUUUAUGUAUAUUUUGUAUAGUGUAUUAUCUAUCUUUUUUUUUUGCCAAAUAUAUUUUUUGUUUGCAUUUCUGGAUGAGUAAAGAGUACUAAAUGUUGCAUCCAUGUAAUAUCUGUUUGUUGUUGUAAACCUCUCCAAUCAGCUGGUAGAAAUUCUCCUGUGUUCUCUUUGGUCAGUCUCCUGUGAUUGUAAGAUGUGCUUCUUGGUAGUAAUCCCAGCUAUAGAUUUACCAGCUUAAAAGUUUGUUAGGAUCUGUGCAAUAAAGUGUUUGCAGUCUUAUUUUCUCUAAGAGACUCCCUAUAGAUGUCAUAAUUGUUGUAUAUUGAACAAAUAUUUAUACUUAUGCAAUUGCAUAACAUUGAAAUAAAAAUUUAGCAUGAAAAA